AUGCCAACAAUAUCUUUGAUAAAUUUACCACGAGAAAUCAUUUAUUUGAUAUUUAAAUAUCUUUAUAAAGAACAUAUUGUUUAUUCAUUUUUCGAAUUAAAUAAUUAUUUUUCCUUAAUUGUUAAAUAUUUUAUUGGAAAACAAUUUGAUUUAACAAAAACAAAUAAUAAUAUUAUAUUUCAAUAUUGUUUAUCAACUGUUUUACCAUCCAUUGGUUCUAAUCUUCAUUAUUUAUCAAUUGGUCAUCCAUAUUCUUUAUCAACUUAUAUAAAAUCAAUAAAAAACCAUUGUCCAUAUUUGAAAAUCUUAAAUAUUUAUUGUUAUCCAGAAAAAGACGAUAUUCGUUAUUAUGUAGCUCAAUUAAUACAUUCACAACUUUUAUCAUUAAGAUUUAUAUUAGAUAAUAAUAUUGUUGGUGAAUCAAUUAGCCUUCGUUUACUUAAUAAAUCUACCGAUGAACAAUUUCAAAAUCUAUCAAUAGCAUCAUCACUUAAAUUACAUUUAUCAUCCAUAAAUGAUCUUAUUUUAUUAAAACAAUAUUCUGAAAGUGAUUAUCUUUCGAAUGGUUUAUAUAUGAUAGAAUGUAUUUCAACAGGUGAAUGGUUAAUUGAUAGUAAAAAUGAUAUAUGUACAAGUUCAAAACGAUUACAUCGUGAACAUAUUUUUGUUCUAAAACAAUAUGAUAAUGAUCAAUGUUGUCUUGAAUAUGAAUUAUAUAAUGAACAAACACAAUGUCGUUUAACAGUUUUAAUAUGUUAUGAUGAAGAAGAACAUUGGUUACCAUCAUCAAUACUUUCAACACAUCGAAAAGAAUCAUCACGUUCAUGUUCAAAAUUUACAUUUGAAAAAAUUAAUAAUCAAAAUCAUUUUUAUAUCCGACCUUGUUAUUCAUAUGCGAAACGAUUACAAGUCUCAGGAAAACGAAUUAUUGUAUCACUUUGUGAUAAAGAUAAUACAUUAAAUUAUCGUUUUAAACUUCAUCGUAUUCAAUAA